CCUUUUGUAGUGAAAAGUUUCACAAGAACGAACAUGUUUCUAUCCUUGGUUGGUAUUCAUCUGUACGCACUUUUCUGGGCGGUUAGUCCAUUGUUUGGAUGGGGACGUUAUGGACCAGAGCCUUACAGAACGUCCUGUACACUCGAUUGGGAAAAUCCUAGUAAAUCGUUUGUUAUAGCAACUUUUGUGAUGUGUCUUGGACUUCCGUUUUUAAUUAUGUUAACAACGUAUGGUUUACUAAUUCAACUAAGUCGC